AUGGGAGGACAAGACUGGACCGAUGAAGCAGCGUGGCCACCCGGGACCGUUCGCCUCGAGAAAUUGCUUGGAGGUGGGAAUGGCUCCCAGACCGAGAUCAUCCUGCAACCGCGCCCGAGCAGCGACCCAAAUGACCCCUUGACUUGGCCGAAAUGGAGGAAGUACCUUAAUUUCGGCCUGGCCACCUUUUAUGCCAUGAUGGCUUUCGGCCAAAUUAAUGCAACCACGCCUACCUGGGGGCCAAUGAUGGACGAGCUGGGCUUUGACGCUGUUCUCAUGAACAACACAUAUGCCAUCGGCUGUGCGACACUCGCCCUAGGCAGUUUCAUGCUCAUCCCCUUUGCCCUCAAGUACGGACUCCGGCCAAUCUACGUCCUCAGCAGUGCCGCCCAGAUGGCAGUCAUGAUCUGGGCUGCCCGCACCGUGACUGGGGGUGACUGGUGGGGCGUGAACGCCCUCCAGUGCUGGGUGGGGUCGCUGGCCGAGACCAUGGUGCAGAUGACGGUCGCCGACGUAUUCUUCGUUCACCAAAGAGGGCUGAUGAACUCGAUUUACAUCUGGGCGAGCAACUUCGGCUCCAGCCUGGCACCCGUUGCUGCCGGAUUUAUCACCGCCUCCCAGGGGUGGAGGUGGGUGUGGUGGUGGAUGGCCAUCUUCUUCGGUGUCGUACUCAUUGCUUUCAUUUUCGGGUUCGAGGAAUCGAAAUUCGACUGGACUGCAGCAGUCAUCCAUGGCGUCGCCCCGUCGCCGGACGUGGCCAGCACCAAAAGUGAUGCUGAAGGUCAGGCCGAUAAGAAGCAGCCGGCAUCAGACCCCGAGAAGGCAGCUCCGUCAGACCUGUCUCCCGGUGAGGAGCCCCUCACGUCUGUUCAGAUCGACCCGUCCAUACCUCGCAAGACGUACUGGCAGAGACUCAGCCUCGCGACUACAACACAAGGGCCGUUCAUGUUGUUCGCACGGCAUGCGUACCAGCCUUUUCAGAUACUGUUCACCGUUCCCGGGGUGGCGUACAUGUCCCUAGUCUAUGCUGUGCUCCUGGCAUGGUCAACGGUCAUGUCAGCAGCUUCAAGUACGUAUAUGAUCCUGCCGCCUUAUGAUUUCAACUCGACCCAGAUCGGGCUCAUGAACCUGGCCCCUUUCAUUGGGAACACGCUGGGUUCCUUGAUCUGCGGUCCUCUGAGCGACUGGACCAUCCUGCGGCUGGCAAAGAGGAACAACGGCAUUUAUGAGCCCGAGAUGCGUCUUUGGGUGUUCGUGCCGUUUAUCCCGUUCCAGGUGGCGGGUGCCUUUUGGUUUGGCUAUGCUCUGCAGGGCGGCCAGUCUUGGGUCGCUGUGGCCUUCGCCUUCGGUAUAUGCAACUUCGGGUCCGCGCCGAUCUCGAGCAUCGCCUUGACCUAUAUGACGGAUGCCUAUAAUGAGAUCAUCGGUGAUGCCCUUGUGGCGCUCACUUUUUCGAGGAACACAAUGAGCACCGUCUUUGUCUUUUCCAUGACACCGUGGAUCAGCCGCGUCGGAAUGGCCAAUGUGUUCAACACGAUUGGAGCUAUUGGUCUUUCCGUCUUGCUAUUCGCCUUUGCCUUCCUGUGGAAAGGCAAACUGUGGCGCUCUCGGAAUACGAAGCGCUACAAGCGAUUUGCUGCGAAGCAAUUUGAUCCUCGACCCAUUGACAACCGCGUCUAG